AUGGCGCGAACAUCGACAGUCAGGAGAUAUGGAAAGACAGCACGGAAGACCAGGGCAGAUGAGCUCUUCGCCCAACUGCCCAAAAGCCCGGAAGAGACGGAAAAGACCGAAGAGGGAGUUAAGAAGGACAAGAAACGGUUGAACAAAGAAGAGGUGGUGGUAAUCCAUGAAGAUGCAGAUGAUAAUAAGGAGAAUGUGGCUCCAUCGCAGACGGACAAGAAGCCGUCGUCCGACGGGGUCGCCCAAAUCACAGGUGGUCUUGCUGCUGUUGAUCUCAACCGCACCCAUCAUCCACAAAAGGAGCGAAUCGACCAUAAAUCACAGCGCCCAUCAGCAACUUUGGAGAACCGUCAGCUCAAUCUUCGGGGUAGCAGCAGUCAGUCGGAACAACCAACUGUUGACCACAAGCCCGACGUCGCCUUUCCUGGAUGUCAGAGGGAACGUGCAGUACAGUCAGAGGAGGGACGAGACCUUGGGUUUGAAGAGACUUUCUGCAACGACAGUCUGCCCGUCCUAACAUGGGAGGAUAUUUGUGCGACGAACCGUAUCGAGAAGAUUGCCGAAGCAUCCUACGCCGAGGUGUACCGCGUCAGCAACGACCACGGAACAUCCAUCCUCAAGGUCAUCCGACUCGAGUCUCCUAUCAAGCCGCAGACCAAAGCCCAGCAACGGUCUGGUCUCGUGGACGAAGAUGCCCGUUCCGAGGAGGACAUGUACGGCGAGAUGCAGAUCUCAGAGUGGCUCUCUGACAUCCCUGGCUUCGUGGUCUACAAGUCGCACUACAUCGUUAAGGGGAAAGCGCCCAAGUCGCUGUUGGAAACUCACCAGGCGUUCCAUCGACGUAUGAAACGAAAGGACCCUAACCGGUUGCAGUUUUACCCUUCGCCAUCGCGAUACCUGGAUGACACGAAGUUCCUGGUCAUCGAGUUGGGCGAUGCGGGCAUCGCCUUGGAAGACUUCCAGCUAACCGACAUCAGUCAAGUCUGGGAUAUCUUCCUGUUGACCGCCCUCGCGCUGGCGCGUGCCGAGGACCUCAUCGAGUUCGAACAUCGCGACUUGCACGAGGGCAACCUCUGCAUCCGUCGGGUACGCGACCCGAUGCCACGGCCAAAGAGUCUCGAUCUCGAGGGCAAUCCCCGCCAGUUUGGCUUCUCAGGCUUGGACAUCACCAUCCUCGACUACGGACUCUCUCGCGCAACUUGCCCGUAUAUCCCUCCUUCCCCGGUAGAGAACACCCCUCCCCCACAACAGCAGUCAAGCACCAACAACGCCCCGAACACGCUACCUCCAGCCCCCCCGAAAACCUCUUCCCCAUCCCAACCAACAGGUGCCAUCGUCGCCUACGACCUCGAACGCGACCUCUCCAUCUUCACUUCCACCCAUGCCCCUCAAUGUGCUGUCUACCGCCAGAUGCGCUCCUACCUCCUCCUCAAAGACCGCACAAAGGUUCUCGCGCCUGAAAAACACAGCAAGCCCUAUGUGCGAUGCCUUUUCCCGCCCUUCGACCCUAUCUCAUGGCAAGUGCACGAGCCGUAUACCAAUGUGCUCUGGCUCGCAUACCUGUACGAGUAUCUCGUGCAGCAUUUCAAGGGCGAUGCAAAGCAGCUGAGGAGGUUUAAAAAGGAGACGGCGGAGAUGUGGAUGCAUUUGGAUCCGGAUGCACCGAGGGGGGUGUUAAGUUUCCCGAGCGCUGGGGAUGUAGUAAGAUUUGCGGUCGAGGCGGGGUGGAUUGGGGAAGAGCAGGUUGUGGAUGCGGGGAUGUCGGGGGUGGAAGAGCAGUCAAUCAUUUUGGAUGGGUAG